GAUGGAGCGAGUGAACUGCGUUUUGUAGAUUUUACCAUUUGCAAAAUAAAAAAUAAAUAAAAGCCGUUCUCUAGGAGAGCAAGAGCGAAUUGAGUUAUUGUACACGCGCACUUCACAAGGUAGGCGUUCCCUAUCGGAAAUAUGCAAAUAAAUUCUCGCUAGCUUUUGCUUGGCUUAUACUAUAAUCCUAAAUGCUAAAGAUGCAAUAUACUGUGCUUGCAUAAAAUGUUGGACAAUAUUGUCAUCUACCGUCAUCUAUUGAAAUUGCAAGAGCUUUCACCUUGAGACUACAAGUCCCAGUACACUUAGCACACUUAAACUACAAGUCCCAAAUCACCAAUCACCGAACUGAAAUGACUAUUUGACCAAUCACAACAAGCGACAACACUUCCUGAGCGACAACCCUUCCUGAUUCACACAACGCAUGUUGGUGUCCAUGCUGCUGAGGUCAACGCGAGUACAGUUAUUCUGUUACAGAACAAGUUGGUUAUCAUGGCAAAGAGUAAAUCAUGUGAAUCAGAACCCAAAAGAAGUGGGUCCAAAAGGAAGAAGUUGAAUUCAAAUGAGAGAGAUGUCUGCAUUGAUGAAAACAGGGAAAGCAAAGGAAAAAAGAAAAGGAAAAAUACUUACAUUGAGGAGGCUCCUAUACCAGUCCCAACAGUGUCAAAGAACACUUCAGAGGACGUGGUGACAAAUUCAAAGAAACGCAAACAACCAGCAGAUGAUGCACAGAAGGAAAAGAAGCGGAAGAAGAAAAACAAAACUACUGGGAGUCCCGGGCCAAUCAUAGUCCCAGCUGCAGCAGAAGAUGAGGGGGAAGAUAAAGUGAUGGAGGGAGAGGAGGACUUGAGUCCAGAGGAGAAACGAGUCCUCGAGAGGAAAAUGAAGAAGAUUCUGAAAAAGGAGAAAAAGGAUCAACUUAAAGCUGAAGGGAAGACAGAAGACAAAGAUGAGGCCUCCAAACCCAUAGCUCCCCAACAGGCGCUAGACUACCUUACCUGUUGGGCUGAGAAGCGUAAGGAGUGGAAGUUCCAGAAGACCAGGCAGACGUGGCUACUACAGCACAUGUUUGACUCAGAGAAGAUCCCAGAUGAGAACUUCUCUGUGCUUCUGUCUUACCUGGAGGGGCUGCGUGGGGCGGCCAGGGACACCACCGUGCAGAAGGCUGAGACAUUGGUGCGGGAGGGGGAACAGGACACAGAUGCCCAGCAGAGGAUACAACGAGCCAGGGAAAUCAUCCAGCUGCUUUCCUGACCAACCACUACCAUUAUUCGAGAUGAUCAAUCAAAUACCACCACAGCCCCACCACCACACUCAAAGGGAAUAUUCAGUUCACUCGAAUCUUAUCUGCUGGUUCCUCAAUUAAUGCAGUGUGUGGUAUAUUCACCGUAUACAAAAUGAAAUGGCAACCAUGCAUGGUUGCUGGGAUUUUGAUACCAAUGAAUUCCAUGUUAUGUUCAUACUUCUGUUAAGUAUUGUGAUGCUGUAUGUUUUGUUAUGACAUGAUGUAAUGUCAAUAGAUCCAUGGUUUCAUGUAAUCAAACUUGUAAUUUGCCAGUAGAUGAGCCAUUUAAAGCUGCAAUAUGUAACUUUUUGGGCAAUGCUGCCAAAUUCACAUAGAAAUGUGAGUUAUAGAUCUGUCAUUCGAAAUGAAAGCAGGUCUAAGAAGCAGUAGAUCUGUUCUAUGCUUCCUGUGGUUAAGUUUCAGUUUUUACUUUCAGUUUUGUACACCAGCUGAAAAUACAAUAAUUUUGGUUAUGGAAAGUGUUUCACAGCAGUUUAGAUGGUACAAUGAUUCUCUACACUAUACUUGCUUGUUUGGUCACAAACUGAAAUUAGGAAAACUAUUUGAAUUUUAGUAACCAGGAACUUCUGCAUAGUGCCUCUUUAACCCUUCACAGUACUCUAUUCUAAAGCAGAUUGUUAAUUUUGCUGGGGGAAGAUGGGCCGUUUGUGCUGCAUCUGUAUCCUCAAUGUUUGUUUGACCUGUCAGUGAUGGAGCUGAUGUAGCCUUUUUAACAGUUUGUCUGGCUAUAUACAGAAUAUAUCUUGGAAUUACCCCCCCACAAAAAUAAUAAAUGCAUAUGAUUAUUUUUAAA